GGGUCCUGGGAAGGAGGAAGACCGGAGGGGUGGAAGACUGCGUCCCAGAGGAGGGCGAUCUGGGCACCAGCUUCCUUAAAUCCUACGAUAAAAGGGGCUGGAGACCUGGAAAUUUGGAUCUGGGACAGAGAGGCUUGAGAUCCCGGAUUCCUCAGUCUGAGCGGAGAGGGUGAAGAGAGCCAGGAUUCCUGGGUCUAAGAAAGGAAAGGCUGGAGGCUGGGAAUUAUGAGUCCCGGGAAACUAGACGCUUUGAGUCUUGUAGGAGAUCACGCCGCCAUGCCUCUCUCUGGGCCCCGCGCAGCCCUCCUCCUCCUGCCAUCGCUUCUGCUGCUUCGCGCUGUUCUGACUGUACCCUUGGAGCGGGGUGCGCCCAAGGAGGAGAGCCCCGCGACCGAGAGCCCCGUGAGUGGCCCUGCCCUGCUCUCCAGCCAGGUGUUUGCAGUGGACACAGGCUUGUACUACCACCGGUACCUCCAGGAGGUCAUCAAUGUGCUGGAGACGGAUGGGCACUUCCGAGAGAAGCUACAGGCUGCUAACGCUGAGGACAUCAAGAGCGGGAAGCUGAGCCGGGAGCUGGACUUCGUUAGCCACCAUGUUCGUACCAAGUUGGAUGAGCUCAAGCGACAGGAGGUGUCCCGGCUUCGGAUGCUGCUCAAGGCCAAGAUGGAUGCGGAGCAGGAGCCCAAUGUACAGUUGGAUCACUUGAGCCUCCUGAAGCAGUUUGAACACCUGGACCCCCAGAAUCAGCACACGUUUGAGGCCCGGGACCUGGAGCUGCUGAUCCAAACGGCCACCCGGGACCUUGCCCAGUACGACGCAGCCCACCAUGAAGAGUUCAAACGCUAUGAGAUGCUCAAGGAACACGAGAGACGCCGUUAUCUGGAGUCACUGGGAGAGGAGCAGCGAAAGGAGGCAGAGAGGAAGCUGGAAGAGCAACAGCGACGGCACCGAGAGCACCCCAAAGUCAAUGUGCCUGGCAGCCAAGCCCAGCUGAAGGAGGUGUGGGAGGAGCUGGAUGGAUUGGACCCCAACAGGUUUAACCCAAAGACCUUCUUCAUACUGCAUGAUAUCAACAGUGAUGGUGUCCUGGAUGAGCAGGAGCUGGAGGCCCUCUUCACUAAGGAGCUGGAGAAGGUGUAUGACCCAAAGAAUGAGGAAGAUGACAUGCGGGAGAUGGAGGAGGAGCGGCUGCGUAUGCGGGAGCACGUGAUGAAGAAUGUGGACACCAACCAAGACCGCCUCGUGACUCUGGAGGAAUUCCUUGCAUCCACUCAGAGGAAGGAGUUUGGGGACACUGGGGAAGGCUGGGAGACAGUGGAGAUGCAUCCUGCCUACACAGAGGAUGAGUUGAGGCGUUUUGAGGAGGAGCUGGCCGCCCGGGAGGCAGAGCUGAAUGCCAAGGCCCAGCGCCUCAGCCAGGAGACAGAGGCUCUGGGGCGCUCCCAAGGCCGCCUGGAGGCCCAGAAGAGAGAGCUACAGCAGGCGGUUCUGCAAAUGGAACAGAGGAAACAGCAGCAGCAAGACCUCAGAGACACAGCCCCGGGCCCUGAGGGACAGCUCAAGUUCCACCCGGACACAGAUGACGCUCCUGUCCCAGCGCCAGCCGGUGACCAGAAGGAUGUGGCUGCUUCAGAAAAGAAGGAUCCUGAACAGCCCCACAAGCUGCCCCAGCCGGAUUCCCAGCACUUGUGAUUCCCCAGGGCGCUCUGGAUUCCUACCAACGCAGCCGAUGGGAGGGGGGUGAGGUGUCACAGUCAGCCUCCUCUGGGGAUAACCUGUGUGGCCUCCUAGGGGAAGCGGGGCAGGGUGACACUUCCCAAAUGCUACCUAGGCCUUCUCUCUGCCACCUCGGCUUCCACAGCCUCCCAGUCUGUGGUCCCUUCUUUCUGUCCCCCUCCCAGGGACUUGCCUUCUCAUGUCAUCGGGCGCUCACAGGGUUGGCCUAGCUUAGGAAAGCCCCCUGCCUCGAGAGGGUCUGCUGUGUGCCUGCCUUCCUAGACGGUUUGGCCUCACUGCCCCAAAUUGGGGCCACUCUAGCAUCCAGCAUCCCACAGCUGCUGGAAUCCUGCCUCCUGUUCUGGGCCCAGCUUCUAUUGGUUUAUGGGGCUUGGGUGGUCCUUGAGACCUUUCUCUGCCUUUUGUGGGACCAAUGAUGCCUCAAAGACAGUGUCUUCUCCAUGGCUGGGUUGAGGGGCAGCAGAGUCCUCAGCAGAGCUGAUCAGCUCUGAUACCAGGAGCACCUACUCUCCCUGACCCCUGGCUUCCUGCCAUUUCAGCUUCAGCCUCCUUCUUGACAGCUUGGCCCCUUGCCCCUUCCCCACACAGCCACAGAAGGGCCUCAGAGCUGACCCCACUCCAGGAUCGAGCUCCAGUCCCUCAGCCUCAGUUGGAGGCCCCACCUGCCUUUUUGGCCUUACCUUACACUGCUACGUGUCCUGCUGUGUACUCCAGUUCCAUCCAAAUACACUUUCUGGGACAAAUCCAUGCCUCUGUUUAUAUAUAUACUAUUCCCUCUAAAACCCUAUCCCCACUUUACCUGCCUAAGUCCUCCUCAUUCUGUAAGAUUCAACCGAAGCAUCAUUUCUGAGUGGCUCCAUCCUGGCACCUUUCUGUCCUCUCCUGAUGAGUCUGCUGCCUACACACACCCCAUACACCUUCAGUGGGAUACUUUCAUCCACAAGACAGAAAACCCAAACCUAGGCUCAAAUAAUAAAGAAAAGUGUAUUAUUGCCCAGAACAAGAAGUCCCAACGUAGGGUGGCUCCAAGGCCUUCAGGGAACCAGGUUCUCCCGUCUAGCUCUUCCAUGGUAGGUAUAGGGGCUGCACUCCUCUUGUCCCAGCAUAGCUGCAGUUGCCCCGAAUGUUACACCUGUCUGCACCAACAGCUGAUGAAGGAAAUUGGCAGGGGCUACAUUAAAUAGAGCUGCUCCCCAUCUCCCCAGGGCUGGUACACCAACACAUAACUGGACAUGGGGCACGUCAAGUUUAGCAUCCACAGAGGGAAAAAAUGUAAAGGAGACUCCGAUGAUAAAAAUUAUCUGGGAUGCUCAUUAACAAUACAUAUUCCCAUUCUCAUA